AGAAGACCUUGCAUUUUGGGUGGUAGUCUCAAAGUCCUUUCAACCUUUCUUUUUUUUUCUGCUUAGAUAGGGGAAGAUGUCGGCAGGUCACCCUCCAAGCAUGGGACAAAGCAGAAGUAAGAACUGCUUGUAGGUCUUUCUCCUCCCAAAGUUGCUUUUGGCAGAUGUCCUGCAAAGAGAGCAAGUAGUUCUGCGGAUUUGUCCGGGUUCACACAUGGUGUCCUGAACAAUAGACAUCACAGACUUCCAAGACCGACCUCCCGGGUCCUCGUUUCAUCUGCUGGACUGGACUCACUGGAGAGACUGAGGCUGAGAUUGCAUGGCGGAAAAACAUCUCGAUCAGCUGACCAUUUGCUUCCUGUUCUCUGCUGACCUGUUCUCUUUGCUUCUAGAAAUGAUCUUGGACUCAGAAGUUCCAGUUGCUCAGAUCGAUACCGGCUAUGUUGACUUGGUUGUUUUAAAUUCCAGGCCUGUCAGCACAAACUCGUGUCCUUCUCAACAUUUGUCCAAAUUCCAGAACAGCCGACGUGGACAAACUCCGGGAAUAGCACGACCCGCGCACGACCCGCACCUCAUCGUCUUGGACCUCGUUGCCGAAAGGCAACUGCCAUAGGCGUGAGUUGGACCCGUGGCGAGAGCUUUGUUGGAGCUCUGAGAUCUGCAUCUUGGCCUGAAUCUGCGUAUUGAGGGUGAAAUCCAUACAUAUCCAUAUCUCAUUGUGGUUGGCUUGCCCUUUGUGGUUGCAGCUUCCCCAGCUCGACGCUGGAUGGACCCGCAUGAAAAAGAGUUCUGUGACUGAUGCCUUGGUGUCAACCUUGCCUAAGAGUACCUUUCAAGGAGAUGGCAUUUUCUUGGAGGGCCAAAGAAACGGGCCUUUCCGGCAGGUGUAUCAAAUUUGGAACAAUUCAUGCGAAGCGACUUGAGUGGUUGCACAGUGCGCAGCAACAAAAUGUAACUACAGUAACAUCAUCCGAAAACACAAGUGCACCCGCUGGUACAAUGAGCUAGGGAUACUAGGCAAGCUGUAGAUUCAAACACGACCCAGAUACCAUCUGCAAAUCUGCUUCAUUUGUGACCAUCAUUUGCUUGAUCUGCAAGUCUGCUGGUCUCGAAGCUCAGGAACCAGCUGGUCUCGCACCCGCUGGAGGUCCUGGGAUCGCAACAAUAUGAACAUUCUUCUGCACAAGGGCAUGUUGUUUGUUCCAAGGUUCUUGGUCUUUUCUCUCACACGCCUUAAACUAGAAAACUAGACUUCUGUCUAAUAUAUCAUAAGACCGGUCGACCGGUUCAUUAGAUGGAUGUUUGAUGUUUCUGUCUACACGGAUCCAGAUCUGCCUGGCACUUUGAAGCUGCCAGCUCUCCGUGGCCGCCGUGGCUGACGACCUACAGAGGUUCUAAGCUCUCAUGUUUCGGCCGAUGACGUGUCCAGGUCUCUGUUUCAUUUUGAUGCUUUUUUUGGGGGGGAGGGGGGUGGAAGUUGCUUAGUUGUUCAGUUGUUUGUUUGUUUUUUAUUUUUUCACCCGUUGUGUAAGUUUUCGCGCAGGGUUUGUUGGAACAGUGGCCCGCGCGACGAGAUUCCGGCGUUUCUAGGCAGAGUCCAUCAAGCUUUUGAUCAGGGGAUCUAUUGAUAUGGAUUGCCAAUGAUCGACCCAAAGCAUGCAAGGACGUCACUGACUACCCUACUUGUGAGCUUCCAUUCGAGUCCAGCUCUGCUUUUUGGGGCACCCCAAAGAUGGAUUUCUGGGAAUUCUGGGCUGCCUUUCCAGUUCUUCUCUCGCUUUCGCACACUUCCGUCGCCUUGAACAAAGGUGGGAGUUGGGAGUUGAGGUGAACAAGCUGGCCGAUGCCUCACUGGUCUAGGUGGAAACCUUUGGGGUGGAUGACCAUGAAGUGGAUUCGAUCUCUUUUUCUCGAGGAGUGCAGGAGUCCGGAGUGCGUUGAAAUGGAGCUGAAUGUGGUCCACAUGCGAUGUUUGGGGAAAGCUUGGCUUCCCUCUCUCAGGGGUUGGGGCGACACGCGGAGGGGCGGCAAGCCAUGUUUCUCUCUGUGGGGCCUUGGCACGAAGGAAGGACCGAGCACGUGCAGCCAGCUGGACCGUGCUGUGGAUGUGGCAGAGGCAACUUUGAAGACAGCUUGAAUGAUGGGCUGCAAGUGCUCAACACGUGGCGUGCCGAUGCUCCAACGAGUGUCAUGUGUCAUCGACAAGCUGCAAGUGCUCAACACCCUUCUCUUCUUUUUUUUUGGGGGGGAUCAGCCCAUCAUCUCAUCCUAAGAUCAGCCCAGUUCGCAUCCGGCGAAUUCAUCGGCUCCCGGGCGAGUCAUCUGCGAAUUCACCCGGUGUUCACCCGGUGUGCUGCCGGGACCUCGGCUCCCUGUCGACCGGCCGGGGUGGCGGUGCGGGUGGUGCAGCGCGUGCAGCGCUCGCAGCAGUGGAGACUGAC